AUUAAGCCAAAAUAAUAAAAUUGAACAUUGCCACUAACUUUUCUACCUAAAGCAAAUAACCUCACUUGUAUACACUGACCUAAUCCUCACUUUCUCUCUUCAUUCCCACCGAUCCAAAAAACAUUCAAUACAAUUCCAGUGAAGGACUGAUUCAGACAUGGCGAGUGCGGCGAGUACUGUGGAUGCUGCUGGAAACCCGAUCCCUACAUCGGCGGUGUUGAUGGCAUCGUCGAAGCACAUUGGAUUUAGGUGUCAUUCCGAGAAUUUGGAGUUUCUCAAAUGUAAGAAGAAGGAUCAGAAUCCGGAGAAGUGUCUCGAUAAAGGUCGGGAUGUCACUCGAUGUGUCCUUGGACUUCUGAAGGAUCUACACCAAAAGUGCACGAAGGAGAUGGACGAUUAUGUUGGUUGCAUGUACUACCAUACAAAUGAAUUUGACUUAUGCCGCAAAGAGCAGGAGGCAUUUGAGAAAAAAUGUUCUUUGGAAUGAAAUCACGCACACUGCUACUGUUGAAAAUAAUAUUCCAGGCAAUUUGAAGUUGAGCAAAUGCGCCUGUUUUCCCAAAUUCAUUUGAUCUUUCCUUUGUUUGUAUGAAUCUUUACCAUUGAUCAUCUAAAUGCUUCUGAAGAAAUGCAUGAUGCAGGACAGAACAAAUCAAAUCCUCAUCAAACAUAAUAACUAAGAUGAGAUUUUGAAGUUGGAACAUGCUUGUAAUUUAACUGUGUUCAAAAUCCACAUUUAUUGUGCUUUUACAUAAAAUGAAGAUAGCAUGUCAAACUACA